AUGUUGCGGCCCCUCCCCGCGGGCGGGAGCAAGAUGGCGGCGGAGCGGAUCUUCGACCGGGCGGUGUCGGUGCGAGUGCGCGGCUGCGGCUGCGAGGAGCGGACAUUAAAUAUUCGAGUGAAUAUUGAACUACUGUCAAUUUCUAAUCCUGUUCAUAAAAAGGACUUAGCUGUUCGAUUGACUGAUGAUACUGAUCCUUUUUUCCUUUAUAACCUUGUCAUAUCAGAGGAAGAUUUUCAAAGUUUGAAAUCCCAGCAAGGUCUCUUGGUGGACUUCUCUGCUUUCCCACAGAAAUUUAUAGAUCUGCUUCAGCAAUGCAUUCAGGAGCAGAACAAAGAUAUCCCAAGAUUUUUGCUGCAGUUAGUUUCUUCAGCACCUGCUCUAGAUCACACACCUGUCUCCUUAAAUGUAGUUGAGACCAACCCUUUCAAGCACCUUACCCAUCUUUCUCUGAAAUUCCUGCCAGGAACUGAUGCAGAAAUAAAGAAGUUUUUAGCCAACUGUUUGAAAUGUCUUAAGGAGGACAAAAUGAUGUUGGAAGAAAAACUUAAAAACACUGAAGAGAAUCUUACCAGGCAACUGAGCUACACUCAACAGACCUUGUCAGAGAAGAGCCGUGAGCUUGACAAGCUGAAAAACGAAUGGACGUCCUACACCACAGCUCUGAGCAACAAACACUCGCAGGAGCUGACGAGUGAGAAGGAAAGAGCUCUGCAGGCACAAACUCAGUACCAGCAACAGCACGAGCAGCAGAAAAAGGAACUGGAAAAUUUGCAUCAGAAGAGUAUUCAGCAGUUGCAGAACAGGCUCUCGGAACUCGAGGUCAUCAAUAAAGACCUCACAGAGAGGAGAUACAAAGGAGACUCCACAGUCAGAGAGCUGAAAGCAAAGCUUUCUGGAUUGGAAGAGGAAUGCCAAAGAGCAAAGCAGGAGGUGCUGUCCCUGCGCCGGGAGAACACAACUCUGGAUGCUGAAUGUCACGAAAAAGAGAAGCUCAUAAAUCAGCUGCAGACACGAGUUGCUGUCUUGGAACAAGAGAUCAAAGACAAAGAUCAGCUCGUCACCAGAACAAAAGAAGUCUUGGAUGCAACACAGGAGCAAAAGGUGAUACUGGAAGAGAGUACCGAGGAAAAACAAAGGCAUAUUGAAAAACUAGAGACAACAAUUAAGUCACUGUCAGCUGAACUCCUUAAGGCUAAUGAAAUUAUCAAGAAGUUACAAGGAGAUUUGAAAACUCUAAUGAGUAAAUUAAAAUUGAAAAAUACAGUAACAAUUCAGCAAGAAAAACUACUGGCAGAAAAAGAAGAGAAACUUCAGAAAGAGCAGAAGGAGUUGCAGGAGAUGGGACAAUCCCUUCGAAUGAAGGAGCAGGAGGUUUGCAAGCUACAAGAACAGCUGGAAAGUACAAUACAAAAACUUGAAGAGAGUAAGCAGUUACUGAAAACCAAUGAAAAUGUUAUCACAUGGCUGAACAGACAGCUGAGUGAAGUUCAGAUGGCCAAGAAGCUGGACACUCCUGCCAGUGCCCAUGCUGCUGGGAGGGCUGCUGCCUCACCUCUCGGCAUGCCUGACCGACCCUUCUUUCACAGCUCAGGAAUCGGUCAUCCCAUUUCUCCUCUCUAUGCCUUCCAGAACUUUCUGGAACCCACACACAUCAAAAAUGGGAGUUCCCAAUAUCCAGUACCAAAGGGUCAGCUGAACUCACAGCUUUCAAAACUGAGCCGAUGUUCCGAAGCUCACAGCAUGCCUGCAGCUGGUCCCGCAGCAAACAAGGAGAAUGGUGAUCAGCUGGGGCUGGAACCAAAGUACUUCAAGAAAAAAGAUGACAGCAUUCCUUUACGAGGGCUUAGUCAAAACACACUGAACUCGGAGUACCUGAGGCCCUACGUGCCAGCCAAAGCCCAGCCGUCCCCAAAAGCUGCUGGAACACCGGCCUCGGCCUAUUUUCCUGGAUCAUAGACAGGGUUCUUCCAGGUGCUUGAGCCUAAGGAGAAGACAAAGCCUUAAGGAGCCUCAGUGGGAACCAACACUGACCUCACCAGGGCUGUGCAGAAUUUUCUGGAGUCUAUUGUUACCCUGUAAAUCCUCCUAAAAACUCACCAAAGUGCUCUGACUUUUUUAUAACAGGUAAAGUGUACAUUCCCUGAGAACAAUUAAUUACCUGAAUUUCUGUUUCUGGACUCCUUUCAGAGAAAGGAUGAGGUGAAGGGAAAGCAUAGGAGAACUGCACUGUGCUGUACAUUUUAGUAAUGGUCAGGCUCAUAUGGGGGCAUGACUGCCUCACUAACCUUCCCUCACAGUUUAGUUUUAAAAACUUGCUUAAUUUUGGAAGCAGCUUAUUUGAAUUGCAUAUAGACUUCCAAAUAAUCUCAUACUAAAAAUGGUAAAUUAAUUCACCAAAGUUAUAAAAUAAAAAGUAAAAUUCUCAGUCUUGGUUCCCAUUACCUUUUCUGUUAAGCUCUCAGUUUUACAUUCCACAGACCACCAUGCAUAACCAUUAAAAGGUGAAGUAGCUGAAUAGUUAACUGUUACCAACACCUAGAGGUUCCUUCAUUUUUAUAAUCAUACUUUACAACUGUAAGUCUACAGAAAUUUUAGAUACUCUCACAUCUGUGCAUCUUGUUCUACUGUCUGAGUUCAAAUGGUAGGAUCAUCUCACAGCUCCUUCUGUGCCACCUUACUUGGUGUCCCCUGCAGAACGAGCAGGCAAAGGACCCUUACGAUGGCUGUUCCUUACUUUUGGUACAGACAUCUCAUUCCUUUUACCUUAGUUACUCAAGUGCACCUUACUCAAGAGGAGUGUACAUUCCAGUGGUUUGUUCUGCUGUGUGAAAUGUGUACAUUUGUUUAUAAAUUAGCACCAUGUUAAUGUAUAGUGCCUCGUUUUGUAACGUGUACAUUUUAAUGGAAAUAUUAAAUGGUUUUUGUCAAAAGCCGAGGAGUUAAUGUUUCAGGAGUACUCACCACCCUCUCCAGUGCCCUGUCCUGCCCAGCUGAGGUAAGCACCAGCACAGCUCUGUGUUCUUUACCUUUCCUGCAGCUGUCCAUGGCACUCGUUGCUGCCUGGGCCUGGCCCCACGGCGCUCCUGUCCUCGGCUGUGUUAGGGGCAGUGCCUGAGGCUGUGCUCAUCCUGCCCUGCAGAGGCUCUGCUGGCACAGGGGUGACUGCAGUGGAACGAACCCCAGGGGCAGCGGGGCAGGCUGGAGCCCCAGGAGAGCAGGAGCAGCUCCAGCAGCCAUAAAAGCUCCGUGCUGGAUCUCUGCUCCAGCUGCCUUUUGCCACCUGCAGAAGUACAACACACCUGCAACUACUGAACUGCACUAAAGGCCUGAAGAGACAUCCACAAUUAUUUAAAAAUUCAUUAAAAUAUUCAACUUUAUUAACA